AUCAGCGCUGCGCCUCCUGCUUGGCUGUUGGUUUUCAAAAGUGCGCGCAGGUCGCUCCCCUGUUUCAAACCGAGGAGCGGGGAGCUGCGCCGUCGACAUGGAGAGCACGCUAACGGGGAUCACGCUGAAGGGCAGCGCCGAGCUGGUGGCGGAGUUUUUCUCGUUUGGCAUCAACAAUAUCUUAUACCAACGAGGGAUUUACCCUCCAGAGACGUUUACCCGAGUCACUCACUACGAUAUGCCUCUGUACGUGACGACCGAUCCCAAGCUGAAGAACUACUUGACCAAUGUGGUGGGACAGCUGAAAGACUGGCUAGUUGACUGCACCGUACAGAAGCUAGUCAUCGUCAUUAUAAGCCUGGAAACCAAUGAGGUCCUGGAGCGAUGGCAGUUUGAUAUUCAGUGUGACAAGACUGCAAAGGAAUCGAGCUGUCCACGAGAAAAAUCGAUUAAAGCCAUCCAAAAGGAAAUCCAGAUCAUCAUCAGACAGAUCACUGCCACUGUAACCUUUCUGCCCGUCUUGGAAACAGAUUGUGCGUUUGACCUCCUGAUCUACACAGACAAAGACAUGGAGGUACCAGAGAAGUGGGAGGAGUCUGGUCCACAGCUAAUCGCCAAAUCGGAACAGGUGCUCCUCCGUUCCUUCGACACUGCAAUCCACAAGGUGUCCAGCGUGGUCACUUUCAAAAGAGUUGAUUCCGUGUAGCCAGCUGAGGAGGAAUUGUGUACAUAGUCUCGAAUCCCUUUGAAUGUCUUUUUCUUUUACUAUUGUAUGUAUUUCAACUGUCAUUCUUUUCAUGAAUUUUAGAACGCGGUUCUAAAUGUCUUAAUUAAGUAAAAUAAAUACAAACCGAAAAUCCA